AUGUCCUGGGCAGGAUUCAAGAAAAAUGUCAAUCGCGCCACGACGCAGGUGAUGAUGAAGACGGGGCACGUGGAGAGGACGAACGAUCGUGACUACGAGAUUGAAGAGCGACGAUACCGCACAAUGGAAGCCGCCGCGAACAGACUGCAGAAGGAAGCCAAGGGCUAUCUGGACUCGCUACGAGCGAUGACCGCCUCGCAGAUGCGCAUCGCCGAGACGAUAGAUGCCUUCUACGGCGACGCCGGAACAAGGGAUGGUGUCAGCAGAAGCUACAAGCAGGCCGUGGAGGAUCUGGAUGCCGAGACGAUCAAAGCGCUGGAUGGCCCCUACAGGCAAGUACCAACGACCGUCCUGGACCCGAUUUCCCGCUUCUGCGCCUACUUCCCCGAUAUCAACGAGUGCAUCAAGAAGCGCAACCACAAACUGCUCGACUACGAUGCGAUGCGCGCCAAGGUGAAGCGGCUGGUCGAGAAGCCCGACAAGGACGCUACCAAGCUGCCCCGCGCGGAGCGCGAGACGGAAAUGGCCAAACAGGCAUACGAGCAGCUGAACGAGCAGCUUUUCACCGAAUUGCCCCAGCUGAUUGACCUGCGGGUGCCGUAUCUCGACCCCAGCUUCGAAGCCCUGGUCAAGAUCCAGCUGCGGUUCUGUGCGGAGGCGUAUUCCCGCAUGGCGCAGGUCCAGCAGUAUCUGGAUGCGGAGACCAGAGACCAGUAUGCUCGGGGCGACUUGGAUAACCGGGUGGAGGAGGUGUUGCAGGAGAUUCGGGACCUUAGUAUAGCGGGGACUGUUUAG